UUCAGCUUUUAUGUCCUUAAAAGAUCAAUCUCAAUUUAAAACCCGGAAAGAAACUUCAAUAUCUUAUACAUGAGAUUCAUAAAUGCGCUGCUAUUGAUUCUUUACUGCACUCUGCUUCUUUGAAUAGAUGGUCCAGAAUGGUACCAGUUCCAGAGAAGAUGGUGGCCGCUGUGCUCACCUUGUUCUCCUCAAGUCAACAUGUUCAACCUGAUGAGCAACUGCUGCAGCUGGGUCGCCAAAAUCCAGGAGCCAAUCAGAAAAGUGACUGUUCUCGUGGCUGGUCUUGACAAAGCAGGAAAAACCUCAGCAAUCAGAGGGAUGUUAAGAGUCCCUCCUGGUGUCGAGACAGGACCGACCCACGGCUGCAUUAAAACCGAGCUGAGAGUGGAGAACUACCUCGUCACGCUGCUAGACGUCGGAGGAUCAGUGGAGUCCCGUGGAGCGUGGAGGGAGCUCUACGGAGAAGCCCAUGGCGUCAUCUUUGUGGUGGACUCCAGCGACAGGCAGAGGAUGAAGGAGGCCAGGGACGUUCUCACAGACAUGCUGAAGCAACCGAGGGUUGCAGGAAAACCCAUAUUAGUGUUGGCAAACAAACAGGAUAAGAUGAAUGCGCUGCUGGGAAGUGAACUGAUUGAGAUCCUUUCCUUAGAGAAGCUGGUCAACCAGAGCCGUUCUCUGUGCCAUAUUGAGCCUUGUUCAGCCUUAAUGGACCUGCGGCGCUGGUCGGACAGAAAGACUCUGCGAGGCCUCCGCUGGUUGCUGCGAGCUGUUUGCCUGGAUUACCCGGACCUUUGUGCCCGGGUGGCGCAGGACAGGAAGCGGCCUCUGGAGCCCCGGGAAAGAGAAAAGAAAGGCAGAGCCGAGAAAGUGCAAAGAAUGUCCAAACUUCAACGAAUGAGAUCCAGCAAGUCGGAUCUGCGUCAGGCUCACCAGUCCAGAGACAAAGAGAAAAGGAACAGUGGUGAAGGAAAGCUGCAGCCCAUUAGGAACAUGCUGCAGAAGGAAAACACACUGAAGAAAAGGCUGAGGUCAAAGAAGAUGAAGAAAAAACCAGUGAAGGUUAAAGAAGGUGUUGAAAAAGCACCUGAAGAUGAAGAGGAGGGUGAAGCAAAUGAAGGAGAGCAAGAAAGUUCUGGAAGCAGAGACAAAGCCAGCAGUGCCCUGAUCCCUCCGAAGAAAGGCAAACUGAAACGCAAGACAAAGGUGAAAGAAGAGAUGCUGGACGCUCCAGAAUCCCCAGAAAGUAACGAGACACCAACUAAAGUUACAGGAGAAAGGAAGAGGAAGAAGAAGGUUGUCAAGGUAAAAAGAAAAAACAAGAUCAACACAGAGGGAAUGCCGGUGGCGUACUCUCAACCUGAGGACCUUUCUGCAACCUUUGAUCUGUACCGAAAAGCAAUCCAGGCUCUGAAGGAACGUCAGGAUCAGGCUCAGGCUCAGGGACAGUGAAUCCGGUUGCUUCCGACUCUCCAAACAGACACAACCUACAGUCUACAGCAGUAACACUCAACACACCUCAUCCUCUUGGAAAUAACUGCUACUUUCACCAAACAAGGGAAGUUGUAUUGACCUGCUGACCCCUGAGCAUUUGAGGAGAAGUCUCAGUGUGCAGUGAAGGAAAAGCAAUAAAAGAAAGUCGUGUUGUACAGUCUACAAAAAAGAGAAAACUUAGGCAGUAUUGUGAGUACCUGGCCAAAAAUUUGAUUUAUAGUUUAUAAAAUGUGAUCAUUUUUAAACUGUAUUUUUUAAUAUUAUUUGAGAAUUAUCCAACAAUGAACUGAUAUCUUUCCAAAAACAGCUGUAUACCUGGUUAGAUAGUGAAAUGUAAUAAAAACAUUGUCUCUAAAGUAGCUUGUCUUCUGUUAUAGUUGGAUGUCUUGGACUCAACAUUAUGGUUUUGAUGUUUGGAAUCAAUAUCCUAUUGAAGCUAUUUUCACAUUUUAAUCAUUAAAGGUCUCCCAAACUGAGAGAAAAUUAGUUUUUUCAAAUGAGCUGUGCGCUGGAAGCACUGGAUCAUGUGAUUGACCUUGGUGACUCAUGUUUUCCAUCACCUCAGAUUCAGAGCGAGAGGAGAACGGAAAAAAACGGACCUGCUCCAGAAUAAAAUUCUUCAACCUUUCAGAGUCAGGUGAAAUUUGGAUACAAAGAUGUCAAGAAUAAAGCUCUGAAAUCAGGUCACUGU